GCUGCAGUCAACAAUGAGGGUAGGAGCAGUGCUUCUAGUGGGGUGUCUACUACUAGGCUUCUGCAGUGGUCAGUUCGGGGUGGGAGUUCCCUACGCUAGACCGGCCAAGGAGUCUCCUUCCAAUGACUUACAGCCUGGCACAGACAUCGGACUGGACAGAAUACAGGUAGUGAGUUCAGCUUUGAGAGUGACUCCUCAUAGAGACCGACCCCGAGGCAAGCGAGCGACUGUCACUUCAUGGAGAAGACCUCGACAGCAUCAGUUUGUCACCAAGGAGGACAGAGUUUCUCCCCCCGCCAUCAUUAGGGUCUACCCCCCGGCCCCCGCCCCUACCGCAGCCAGACGCAAGGGCAAGAGAAUCAUCUACUACGCCACUCUGCCUGAGAUAGUUCGACCUCCCGGAUGGUAUGAUCAGCGGCUGGACUACUACGACACCAGAGCCUCCAGUCCUCAGCAGUACCGCCAACCCAUAUACAGCGGAUACACAGGCUAUCAGGGCUACCACAACAACGAAAACGAAGUCACCAGAGUUCAGUCAAACAUCAUUGAUGUCACUCCACCCAGAAAUAGGUUUUCUUCAACGCCAAAGUUCACUAUCAUAGACGUAGAGCCUCCUUACAACUACAACAACUACAACAACUACAACCGCUACAGCUACAACCCCUCCUACCCCUCAUGGCAGCGACGCCCCUCCCUCCCCCCCACCUAUGAUAGGCCAGAGCCUUCCCUAGAGCCUGUUAAGUUGGAGAUUCCCACAACUCUACAGUCAGCCUCCAACUCUACGGAUAAUGACAACUCUACACGCCUCGUCCCUGAUCUCUCUAAUUCGCCGAUCUCUAUUCGAUCUUCCUCUAAAUUUAUAACGUAGUCUCAGUUUUAUUCUUAGCCUUUAAAAGUUGUAAAAUUGUGAUAAAUUGAAAAGUACUCAUAUUGAUUCUAUUCAAAUACUGUUUAAAUUAUUGUUAAGAACUCAUAUUUUAUGAUGCAAUGCUCUAUGGUUUAAAUUUUAAAAAUUGUACGUUUUUUGUCAUUUGUAAUUUUUCUUAACCUAUUGUAGGUAAAUGCAGUGGCAGAACGAAUUUGAACUGGGUACCUCUGCAAAAUUCACUCACAAAUCAGGAUAGUUAAGAAAUAAGAAAUUCUCUCCAGAACAUAAGUACGGUAAUUUGAGAUAUUUUCUUUUUUUACAAAAUUGUGUAAACAAGUUUUGUAACCUUUUACUUCUCUAUGGAAAUUGUCUGCAGGUGUAUUAGUUACAACCCUGGGUAGAGGUCUAAUUAAGAAUGGCGCAUAUGGAUACUUAAACCUUUUAAUUGUUUUGUUUUGGAGUAUCCAAACAUAAAAUAAUAGGGUUAUACCGUCCCACCUCUUGAUUCCCACCAUUUUUUGUAAUUUUUCUAUUUUUGAUAAGGUAUGUUAAAUUAUUUAACU